AUCGCCGCGGAGAUCGUCGGCGCGGUCCUGAAGUUCCCGCCGCUGUGGGAGGCCGCGAGCAAGGGCGCGAAGGAGAAGAUGAUCAAGCGCGCGGGCGACCUCGGCGUUGACUGGCAGCGCGAGGUCGAGUCGCUCCGAUGCGCGACGGACUGGGAGAAAGCGCUCGCGGACGCGACGGACGACGCCGUCCUCGCGAGCACGCCGGCGUACUACAAGACGUCCUUCCACGCGUACCCGGAAGGCAACCUGGGCUGGGCCCCCGCGCACGAGGUCGAGGUCGCCGCGGUCGCGGUGCACGCGGUGACGUUCUCGGACGACGGGAAGACGCUCGACGCGAACGGCGACGAGAUGCUCCGACGCGGGUACCACGAUGCGCAGGCGUUAGGGAUGAACGCGAUCGGCGGGCCGGACGUUCGCGCGAAUAGUAUUCGCACGAUCGUCGACGUCGGGUGCUCGUCCGGGCUGAGCACGCGGGAGCUGGUGCGCGCGUUCCCGGACGCGACGCGCGUGGUCGGGAUCGAUCUGUCGCCGCAUUUCAUCGCCGUCGCGCGUCACGCGCUUGCGACGCGACGCGACGGCGACCCCCCGGGGUGGGGGGUUUCGUUCGCGCACGCCGCGGGGGAGCGGCUGCCGUUCGAGGACGGCUCCGUCGACCUCGUGAGCUCGUGCCUCGUGUUCCACGAGCUCCCGUCCGACGCGGCGGCGGCGGUGAUCGCCGACGCGUUCAGGGCGCUGCGACCGGGCGGGUACUUCACGAUGAUGGACAUGGACCCGACCGCGCCCGCGUUCGAGCGGAUCGCGAACAACGUCUUCGCGUUCACGGCGUUUAAAAGCACGGAGCCGUACUUGGAGCAGUACGCGAGUUUGGACGUGCAGGACGUCGUUCGAGCCGCCGGGUUCGAGGCGCGCGUGGAGACGCUGCCGAGUUCGCCGCGGCACCGGACGAUCGUCGCGCGG